GAUAAGGAAGAAAGAGGAUAAAAAAAUACAUAUUUUAAGGAUCAAGAUGUCUAGAAUGUGUACAUUUUGGAUGCCAUGUGUUACUGAAAAAAAAAAGGAAUCGGAUAAGGAGAUAUAUACACCAAAAAUUGAAAAUGUUUCUAGUGGAGAAACUGUAUAUCAACGUAUUAUUUUGAUCUAUGGAAGAGCAGGAACAAUGGAUAUGAAAGGAGGGACAAUUGUUGUUCAUCAUGAUAAAAAUAGUUUUCCAUCUCAGGCAUGGCCAUGCACAAAAUCAUAUUUUAAAUCAUUGGUUCAUCUAAAUGAAGGAAUGAAUUGUUUAACAUUUGAAUUUUUUCAUCCAUAUGACAUGUCUAUACAGUCAUCUACAGUUAUUUAUUUGAAUUAUGUCAAUGUAGUUAAGAAUCCGCCGCUUUACCUUGCAAUUUUGUUGGCAAAGGAUUCACCGGAAGAAUAUGAUGCAUCGCCUUCACGCAAAGAAAAGGAAGGAAAUGGAUUAGAAUUAGCUAUAAAGAAACUUCGAAUGAUUGCAUAUUUGUGGCAAGCGUUUACAGGUGAGCAAAUGGCAAGAAAUGGAUUUGGAAGGAGAUGUUUUCGUUUUGAAGAAGAAAAUUUAAUAGAUACAUUAUCCUAUCAAGAAGAAAACGUCAUUAGACCAACAGCAAAGAUCCAUAUCAUUCGAUCUAAAUAUUCUCUUGAAGAAAUUCGAGAUGUUAAUUUGGCUCAACAGAAUCCAAAAGCUACAAGAAGGGAUGGUUUAUUUGAAAUAACAAUUGAAAGCAUAAGGGAAUAUGGAGAUGUAUUUAAAUCAGAAUCUCCUGUUCAUGUUGCUGCAUGUAUUUUAGAUAGUCAUUGGGAUGGAAAAUUGAUUUUAGGCCAUGCAGCUUUAGGAGGAGGAGAUGAUUCACUACGUUUAGCUAUAUUUGGAUCUCAUUCUAUGCAUUGUUUUCCAUCUUGUAUAGAAGAAGUGAUACCUACUUUUCUAGACGAUACACCAAUUGAUACGAGAUAUGUUGCAAAUGAUAAUGAUGAAAGUUCUACAGUUUGGGAAUGUGCAAAUAUAGGGAUUGGUGCAUUUUUACAUGAAGUUGGCCAUCUAUUAGGCGCCCCUCAUCGACAGAGUGGAGUUAUGCAUAGAGAUUAUAUAAAUUUAAACAGAACAUUUUCUAUUACAGAACCAUUCUCAGAAAGAGCAAAAACAAACCCCUGGAAACCAUCCCUUUUAAAAUCUGAAUGUUCAUGGCAUUAUUUAGACAUGAUUAGAUUUCGGUAUCAUAAACUUUUUGCCCUUCCUAGUGAUCCCGUAAUAGAAGCUGGAAAUCUUCUUUAUUAUUCUAUGAAGGAUAAAUUUCUUGCAAUAUCAGAUGAGGGAAUUAUAUUAAUUGAAAUAUACGCAAACGAUAUGUAUUAUGGAUAUCUUGAUUUUCAUGAUAAACCGAAAAAAGAAAUUUAUCUAGAAGAACAAAGCCUUCGCAAACAUGCAAAAAUUCCUAAUAAUAUACAACCUUUAAAAGCUAUUAUCAUUUCAGCUGCAUUAUCCGAAAUUACUAUCAAAAAUUUCAAAAAAGAAUUACUUGAAUCAACUAUUUCCUUGGAAGCUGGAUCAUGUGUUAAAAGCAUGCAGUUUGGUGCAUCAGAUGCAGAAUUAUUAAAAUUUCAAUUCGAUUUUUCUAAUAAACUUGAUAAACUAUGUAAUAUUUGCAUACGCUCUGGCUUAUAUAUCGAUGGCUUAAAACUCAUCUUUAAUGAUGAAUCGGUUAUGGAAGCAUCAGGAAAUGGGGGGAAUUCAAACGAUUUCCCCAUAGAUGGACCAAAAGGAGAACGUAUAAAAGGCCUUUAUAUUUGGUCUAACAUCUGGAUCGAUGCUUUACAGAUCACGACAACAUGGAAUAGAAUAAGCCCUUUAUAUGGAACUGCAUCAGGUCAUUAUAAAUACAUAGUCGCACCCGAAGGAUGUGAAAUCGUUGGUUUUUAUGGUUCGACAGGGAAAUGGUGCAAUACAUUAGGAGUUAUUUAUAUAGACAUAAAACAAUUGUAAAUAUGACCAAUAUAAUCCCUCCUAAACCAAUCGCACUAGAAAACUU